AUGCCACACGUGUUCAAUAGGUUUGGGUUUUUAGCGACGGCACCGGUAUGGUUGGCCAGAAUAGCCUUCAAAAUGGGUUUAUAUGGCGAUCAUAAGAAGUUUGAUUACUCGUAUCAGUUGUUUGAUAAGGAAAUCUCUUCGCAUCAGAAGUCAUUAGAUUUGAAUACGAAACGCGAUUAUAUCGACGGAUACCUAACGGAAAUGGAUGUCAGACAACGAAAGGAUCCCAACUCUAACUUCAAUAUGAAGAGACUACAAGCGAACUGUAGGACAUUUUUCGGCGCCGGGAGUGUCACUAUUAGGACCAUCACUGAAUGGAUGCUAUUAUUUGCCGUCAGAUACAGCGAACACCAGAAGAGGAUUCACUCAGAGAUCGAUUCUGUGGUCGGAAGAGAUCGGAGUCCCUGUUAUGCCGACAGACUUCAUAUGCCGUUCACUCAGGCAUUCAUUAAUGAAGUGUUUCGACUCAAAACU